GCAAACCAUUAGAAUACAUGCAAACCACUAUUCCUAUUUUUCAUUUUCUCUCUCUGAUUCUGAAUUCGAGUUAGCAGACUCCGUUGUUGGUUCCUGAGGCACCUGUUCUUUUGCUGUCUUUAAGGAACCAUGGAAAAUAGCCAUGAACCAAGGGAAAGUGAGAAUGCACGCAAUAUGGCUACAGAAUGUCCAGACGGACAGUUCUUUGUAAUUGGAAAGAAAUUGCUUUUUUCUACUUCCUCUCUUUCUCUUUCCGCUGAAGAAUUGAAGUCCAUAGAGGCGGAGGUGGCGGCAUUAGAAGGAUGCUCAAGAGAAGAUGAAGAUGAAGAUGAAGAUGAAGAUGAAGUUGAAGAUGAGGACGAUACCAAUCCGACAAACACUUUGACAAGUACUACGGAUGCAGAAGCUCAAACUAAUGGAAAAUUCGAAUCUCAAUGGAAAGGGUUCCUUCGCAAAUUGAGAAAGGCGCCACAUUUUCAGACAUUCCAUCCUACCAUUCCGCACCUUACUUCCAUAAAGAAGCUUACGAGAAAAAAAAGCAGUAGGAAUACACAAAGUUUGCCAUCAUUUCCUCCCAACAUAGAAGCUGACUUGUAUUACUGCUUCGAAAGUUCAUGGAGAAAUUUCACUCUUUCAGACCUCCAAGAAGCAACAGAUAACUUCAGCCCUGGAAACUUGAUUGGAGAGGGGGGCUAUUCUGAAGUUUACAAGGGACACUUGGAAGACGGGCAACUAGUAGCUGUCAAACGGUUGAUCAGGGGAACCCAAGAGGAGAUGACUGCAGAUUACUUAUCCGAGCUUGGUAUUUUAGUUCAUGUAAAUCAUCCAAACAUUUCCAGUGUGAUUGGCUAUGGCGUUGAAGGAGGGAUGCACCUUGUUCUUCCUUUGUCUGCUAACGGGAGCUUGUCGUCUGUGCUGAAAGGCAAAAACGAGAAAUUGACAUGGUCUCUCAGAUACAAUAUAGCUAUGGGCAUUGCCUCUGGUCUUGCUUAUCUUCAUGAGGGAUGUCAAAGAAGAAUUAUCCAUAGAGAUAUCAAGUCUGCCAAUAUUUUGCUCACUGAAGAAUUUGAAGCUCAGAUUUCGGAUUUUGGGCUUGCGAAAUGGCUUCCUGAUCAAUGGACGCACAUUACUGUUUCACAGUUUGAAGGCACAUUUGGCUAUCUACCUCCUGAGUUUUUCAUGCAUGGUAUAGUUGAUGAAAAGACUGAUGUUUACGCAUUUGGAGUGUUAUUGUUAGAGCUUGUUAGUGGCCGUCCAGCCAUCGAUGAGUCACAUAACAGCGUUGUGAUGUGGGCCAAACCUCUGCUGCUUGGUAGAAAUACCACAGAGAUAGCCGAUCCAUCACUUGAUGGUUAUUUUGACUGGGAACAGCUGAACCGUGUGGUUCUGGUCGCUUCCUUAUGCAUCCAUCAAGAAGCAACAGAAAGGCCUAAAAUGAGCCAGAUUGUGAGGAUGUUAAGAGGCGAUGAAGGCAUAUUGCAGAACAAGAAAAGGUUCCAAAAAAGGCCUGCGCUCAAGAGAUGUUGCCCCUUGGAGGUGAUCGCGGAAGAAGAUGGCAACUCAGCCAAAUCUUCCAACGAUAGAAACCAGAAAAUGGAGGUUGCAUCAGACCAAGAAUCAUAAAAACGGUGAUGUUGAGGCAAACUUGCACAACACAAGCUGAAAAUGAGGAUUUGGAAUGUCCGGUCCUUCCUCCACGGUGCUUGAAUCGCAUUUCUGCAACUCAUUCACUCAUGUUAUAGGUCUCGGGGAAUUAGGUGAUGGGCUUAUAGUUCGAAGUGAAGAGCUAUAGCAGCAGUUCAACAGUUUGUGUUUCCGAAUCCGGAUAGUGCAGGAAUGAAUUUUCUGACAUUUUUAUGUAGUGAAUGACAACAAUGGCAAGAGAUCAAAACUGGACAUAGGUUGCAUUUUCAUCUUUCUUCUUUUGGAAAUUCUUCUAGCCAAACACUUUAGUACAUAACAUUUUAUUCUUAUUUCAUUUCAUUUAAUUGAGUUUCA